AUAAAAGGGAAAAAGAAAGCGUGAAAGAAAAAAAGAUAGAGAAGAAAGAAAGAAAGAAAAAAAUGGGAAGAGAAGAAAAAGAAAGCAAUCGAUGACAUAACCACCUUAACCAGCAGGUGGCGGUGUUGCAAACGCAAACUUCCCGAAAAAAAAUCGAAGCAGAAGGAACUGACGGACCACAGGAGCUCGGCUGGAAUUAGCAUCACCAUCAUGUCUCGGUGACCGAGUCCGGGUACCAGGGACAGCAUCCUGAGAGGGGCCUUUCUGUUCCGAAACGGGAUCCUUAAGAUGGCAGGCGAGGAGGAGAGGGGAGUGGUUCGGGUUAAAGUCAAGAAAUGCGAUGGGGCACUUCCUGCGGAGUCUCGCUCCUUUGCUGUUGAUCCUCAGAUAACGUCACUGGAGGUCCUGCAGCAUAUCCUCAUCAGAGCCUUCGAACUCAAUGGGAAGCGGAAUUUCAGUGUCAGCUACUUGUCUCGAGAUCGAAGCAGCGUGGAGAUGUACCUGUCUCUGCUGUCUGACUGGGAUCUGGACAUUGCAUUUAUGAGUGCAGCCAAGCCGUUCCUGCAGCUCAAGAUGGAUGUGAAGCCUUCUGAGGACAGUCCAGUAAUGGAAGACUGGGACAUCAUAAGCCCAAAAGAUGUGAUUGGUUCAGAGCUGCUGCUUGGAGAAAGGACCAGGUCUUUGGCUUCUGCAGCGCUUCCCUUCACUCAGUCUCUGCUGUCCCAAGUGGGACGGACCCUGUCCCGAGUCCAGCAGGCCUUCACCUGGUCUUAUGGAGAGGAGAUCAAGCCUUUCAAACCUCCACUUAGUGAUUCAGAGUUUCACAGCUACCUUAACGGACAGGGCCAGCUGACUCGGCCUGAAGAACUCCGACUGCGGAUCUACCACGGUGGCGUGGAGUCGUCGCUGCGAAAGGUGGUUUGGCGGUACCUCCUUAAUGUGUACCCCGAUGGACUGAGCGGCCAGGAGAGAAUGGACUACAUGAAGAAGAAGACGAGGGAAUACGAGCAACUAAAGAGGGAGUGGACAGCCAGGGCCAACCACGAGGACCUGGAGUUUAUCCGUGGGAAUGUCCUCAAGGACGUCCUGAGGACAGACCGGGCUCAUCCGUACUACGCAGGCUCAGAAGACAGUCCGCACCUGACUGCCCUAACAGACCUGCUCACCACAUUUGCCAUCACACAUCCUCAGAUUUCCUACUGCCAAGGCAUGAGCGACAUAGCCUCACCUAUACUUGCAGUAAUGGACAACGAAGCACACACCUUCAUUUGUUUUUGUGGCAUUAUGAAACGCUUAGAGGGAAACUUUCGGCCAGACGGGCAGCUGAUGUCCAUUAAGUUCCAGCACCUGAAGCUGCUUCUGCAGUACUCUGAUCCUGAGUUCUACGUCUAUCUGGUGUCCCGGGGAGCCGACGACCUCUUUUUUUGUUAUCGGUGGCUUCUCCUGGAGCUCAAGCGAGAGUUUGCAUUUGAUGACGCUUUGAGGAUGCUGGAGGUAACCUGGAGCUCCCUGCCCCCAGAUCCUCCAGAAACCGAGGUGGAACUUGUGGGGCCACUGCUAGAGGGAGAGGAAACAACAUCGUGCAAAGACGAGGCUGUUAACGGCCUUAAAGACGAGGCGGUGCAAAAAGAGAAGCAGCGUAGACGACAUAUGCUGAGGCCAUCCAGAGAGGAAACAGAUAUGAGCAGGAAUCCCAUCAUUGAAGGGAAGGCCGAUCAAACUGUAGGCUCUGGUGUAGAAAUGGAGGGCGUUGAAGAUGGUCAUUCUGAAGAAAUGUCAAAGAAGUCAAAUUUGCAGGGUCAUUUCUUCCAGAGACAACUCAGUUUUGGGGAGUUUAAAUACUACACAGCUCGAAGUCAAUGCAGCUUUGAUAAGGAGGAUCAGGAGCAGCCGCAGAGUUCGGUGACUUCGGAAGCAAACAACCCAAGGCGGCAGUCAACAGUUGACAGCGAGGACGACCCCGGAGAAAGAACACCUCUCAUUAGAAACUCUGACUACGGUUUGUCUCCAAUAACUUCACACGCUCACUUCACUGGAGGACUUCUAGUCUGGAAAACUGGCUCAUCCGUCUCUCCCACACCUUCCCCUAUAAACUCCAGCUGGCCAGGAGUUUCUCCGGACUUUCCUCUAGUGUCUACAGCUUCAUCUGCAGCCGAUUUAAGUGAGACCUCACCAAGAACUGGCUCUAAAGUAUCAGCCUCUUCAGCACAAGGUAUUAGCUCUCCAACCGGUACUUCUAAAACAUCAGCCGCGUCUCCUCCCCCUCAGAAUAGAUCCGUUCUCUCCUCACCCGUUUUGUCGUUUGGCGGAGGCUCCUCGGCGAACAACCUCCCCUCGCCUGGCAACAAAUCCCCCAGCACCAAAGCGAACACACCAAGCUCUUUAAAAGCUGAAAGCACCAGCAUCAAGCCCUGCUCUUUGCCGCCUCCUCAUGAGUUCGGCAAAGGGAACCCCUUCAUGCUGUUCUUGUGCCUGUCCAUCUUGUUGGAGCACCGGGACCACAUCAUGAAGAACAACAUGGACUACAAUGAGAUCGCCAUGCACUUUGAUCGCCUGGUGCGACGCCACAACCUCAGCAGGGUGCUGCAGAGAGCCAAGGCCUUGUUUGCAGACUAUUUACAGAGCGAAGUCUGGGACUCGGAAGAAGGGGACGAGGUCAGCUCAGAUUCCCCGACAACAGCGGCCCCACAAUCCCCCUCUUCAACCAUCUCCACCAGACCCAUCUACAGCCCGCUUGCCUCGCCUCCAUCAUCACCUAACUCGACUUACAACCUGGCCACCACCAUUCCCUCCCCUUCAGCUCAAGUCUCCCUUUCCUCUGUGUCCUGAUUCCCUCCUGCAUCACUGGAUUUUCAAUGGAUUUCUCAGUUGACUCUUGGUAACCUAUUGGAGAUCUUUUUCUAACAGUCCCUUCCCUCCUGUUGAAUUGGCCUGUCACCAAUCUGCCCAUGCUAUUGUAUGCCUGAUUACAUGUAUUCCCUAUAUCUGUCUGCAUCAUAAUGUUUCAUCUUUCUCUCUGAUCUGUCUGAAAUAUGGACUCAGACAGCUUCGUUGGCGGCUGUUUCCUCACAGGCUGUUCAAGCAUGAAAUACUCAUUCGGUUCUUCUGCAUUCGGUUACUGAAUGGUUGAUCUGCUCUCUUCAUUCAGCCUCUUCUUUGUAGCUUUGCUUACAAGUUCAGUUGCAGUCAUCUCAGAAGUGUCUCACCUGGAACCCUAAUCAAAGUCACCAGAGAAUAUCCACAAUCUGGCCUCAUUAAACACAAAACUUUUGUCUGUUCCUCUUAAAAAAGAAAACUUUCAUGCCUUAUACCCUCUGUCUUUUUUUGAUACGUAUCCAAGCUGCUGUACAUUUGGUUUUGAUAGCUCUCUGCAUUGGGUCGAACUCAUAGGCUGUAUGCAAAAAAUGGACGUAGCCACUGUGAUGUCAACCAUUGCUUUGUAUGUAUUAUUUUAAUUCUAUUUCUACAUUAUGGGGGCGGCAGGAUAUCAGGAACACAUGCAAUUUGAUAUACAAUAAAUUAAUGUCUAUUAAGACAGACUCAAUUUUCUUGAGUCUGUCUUAUUUCUUGGUGAUUUUCUCAUUGCUCUUUAUGAGCUUCAGGAUCCAUCAAGUGUUGACAUCAGUAGCAGUAAAAAUCCAUCCAGCAGGUCGAAUAUUCAGCUAAACGCAAAAUUAUUCAUACCGUUGGAAUAUCUUUUCCUAUGUUUUCUUAACUUUUUAGAGAUGUCUGACUCAUUUCCUAUCAAAACCUCUCUCGGUUGAAUGGAAUCAUUUAAAAUCUGGAUCUCAGGGUUAUUAGUAAUUUGAGGCUUAACUGUGUUAAUGGAUUGCUGAAUUUGCAUGCAUGGCACUUAAAAUAUUUCCUAUCGAAUAUUGCAUCCAAGCAGUGUUUUGUGAUUGCAAUGUGGAAUACAUUGAUACUGCAACAGUUCAAUAUAUUUUGCUGCUCUCAUAGACAUGGAAAGCUAAUUGUUCUUUUAUUUUGUUUAGUUUAAUGUGUGCUUUAAAACUGAGCUCUUUUAAUAGUUUAUUGCAAUAAGUGGUAGAAAAACAGUUAGUGACUAUACAUUGUGAAAUACUUUUUCUCAAUGAGACUCUGCCAUCUAUGGGCUCAUCAGUGGUGCUGUGGUUGGUCAAAUUGGAUCCAUGCCCCAGCCUUCCAGCUGGUUGUCCUAGAGUUGGUCAGUGUACUCCUUUAGUUAGAGGCAUGCUAAAGGAGUAAACAACAUAAACCAAUUUAAUGUUGUUUACCAGUUAUUUUAUGACCCAGGGUCCAUAUUCUCAAAGAUUCCUCUCAGAGAGCUUCUAUCUUAAGCUCGCAAUUCCUGCCAAGGACUGCUGGCCUAAAAGAGUGGCAGUAAAAUCAACUUUUUAAAGCUUUUCAUCAUGCAAUAAUGUUACUCCCUCAUCAAAAACCUGCCUAUAGUGCUGCUUUGGGAAAUCUCUACAUUCCCAUGACAACCUAUCAUUUCCCACAAAGCUCCUCCUUGGAGCUGCAGGCUCCAGCCGAGCAAGCUGCCCUUCCUCAUGCCUGACCCACUCAGCUCCUCCAGACGGGCGGCAGCAGCAGUAACUGGCAAACACUUGGUGGAACUGCAGCGUCUGCUGAGGUCAUUAUAAGGACCACGUCUCAGUUCAGCGCUCCUCAGAACGGUAGUGAGCGGCGUAAUGGAAAGUACUGUUUGUGAUGGUAUGCUGAAGGUGGAUAAGUAGUAGGAUAGAGCAGGAGCUUCUUAAAGAGACAGAAGCCAAAUUUUAAGGCAUCAAAUUUCUUUCAAGUCAUGUUACCUUCAUAACAACUGAAGGUAACGUAGGUAUUCGACUGCUAUAAAAUGCCACUAUGUGCCUGGAAAUGCAUAAUACCGUCCCUUUAAGAGUGAUUCAUUCAACUGCUGAGGUAGGGGUUGACAUUCUUCUCUUGGUGAUGAGGUGUGGUUGACCCCGUUGCUAUGGGUGACGCUGUCCUCUAGGGACUUUGAUAGAUUAUUUGGCCUCUACUGGUAUUUAAUGGAGGUUGGUAAAUAAUUUCAUGGCGUAUUACUGCCACCAACUAGUAACAAGUCUGGACCAAAUGCCCCCUAAUUUUGAUUGUACAGAAGAAAUGUUCUAAGAAAAAUCUUGAAAUUUGAGAAAUUCUAAGAAUUUUCCUGCAAUGACAUCUCCAGAAGUCUCUUUUAGUCUCAGGAUUUAUUGAGAAUAUGGAUCCAAGCUUUGUUGCACUCCUUCUUUGGGUUGUAUUUAUACUUGGCUUGUCUUUGGUGCCAACCUUUUAAUGCUCGUCAGUGUCUUUAUAACUUGCGUGGGCCCUGAGGGAUCCUUCCAGGCUGCUCCCGACAGAUGUCAGAGCCACACCAACAUGGAAAUCCUGAUUGGGCUGAGACUGCGUCCAUCUUUGGCAUACAGUGUAUGGUCCAGAGUAGUCAUGUUGUACCUUGCAGUGUUUCUAGAUUUCUAUUUAAACCUAUACUUAUGCUAUAUACUGACGAGACAAAAGCAUCAGUGUGUUAUUUUUGAAGCCUUUUAUCUUGCUCUGCACAGCUUGAUAUUUUCGCUUUGUCGCCUUUAGAGGUCAGUUGUUCUUAAAAGGACCUGGUGCUUCUGAAGAUAUGGGAGAACCUGUGAAAGAUCAAAUCAAACGUUUAGCAUGUUUGAACCUGAGAGAUGUCGGGUUGUUUAAAUGACGGAGUUAACCUCAUGCUGUAUGACGCAGAACUAAGAGCUGGGCAGACCAUGCAAGACAUUGUUUGUAUUGACACGCAUUAAUGAAUAUACAAUUAAUGAUACAUUUCCACUAAUGAUGCAAAGCCUUUUAUUGUUAAGGGGAUCCCAGAUUGAAUGAUGGAUGUUACUGCUGUGUUUUUUAGCCGACAGUAAAACGACCACGACAGCAGAACAAUCUGGAGCACAAGUGCCUCAAAAUUCGCAACUUUGACUUAUUCCUUCUGUGCUCUCUGUAGUUUACAACACUUUGGGUGAAACUAAGUAACAAAGUGAAAUAUAGUUAAGCACACGGUGAUUUUUGGAAUCUGUUUAAAGUUUUAUUGGUAAUUUGACGCUAUAUUGAAGGGAUAACUUCAGAUUUUCAGUAGAACCACUUGGUGUUCUAAUAAUUUUAAAUGUCCGUUUCUAACCUUUAGAUGGGUUGUUUUAAGAACAAACUUGAACAAACGUCUGGAACCGUGGUAUUGUCUUGUUUGACUGUGAUCCAACUUUGCACCAGCCUUUUCAGGAUUUUAUUUCUUACUUUUUGCAUGAUUUAGUUAAUGAGAGCAUGUCUUGAUUUCAGUCUAUGUUUACCAAGUGUUUUACGUUGCCUGAAUUAUUUCUUUAAAGGUUUCUCUAAGAUAAAUCGUUGAAUAAAGAUUCCACCCUUUUGAGCUAAAGAGGACUUUCUACAUCCCAACCUUUGUCUUGGCCGGGAAAACGAGUCUCCCAAAAGAGAUCUUGAAUUUCUUCCAAAUGUAACAGAUGAGCUUGUUUCGUGUUGGUUUUUGAAACAAGAUGUUCCAAAAAGAGUUAUUCUAAACGAUCAUCGCCUCAUUUAUUCCUGAUCCAUUAAAUCAAAUAGAAUCAGAGGUGAAUCGACUAAAGCAAACAAUGUUGACUAAGGAUAAAGGCAGAGAAAAUUCCCCCUAAACUAAUAAUAAUGGGUCAGCUUUUGCAGAAUUAUUUUAUUUUUAUAGGAUUAAACCAGAAACUACAUCAUGUUGUGAUUCCAAUGUUUGAUCUGAACUGUUUUCUUUUUCUCAUGAUUGUAACGAGCACAGACGGCACAUGUCUUCUUGUUCUGUUAGAUGAUCUUUUGUUAUUUUUCCUCUUUUAAUGAUGUAUUCAUGGUGACAUGCCUUAAAUGAGUUUGAUAGAUCACAUUGCAGCAAGGACUGGCAGUCUAAGCGGUGCAGGUUCACCUGCUGGAGCUUUUUCUUCGAUUUAACUCCUGAACCUCUCGGUCGCCAUUAAAAUGAACCACCAGGCAAAAAAACCCAAAACUAAACAAAACAAUAAAUAUUUGUUGUGGCACGUCUAAUUUUCGGUUUUGGAAUGUUUUUCUUAAGACUGGCGACAGUGAUGGUGAAACAGAACAGCAGGAAUUGUUGAUGUAUGAUUUCUCUACCAAACAGAGAGUCAGGAAUGCAGCCAACAAUUCAGCAUUAACAGCUUUACUGUUUUGCGUGACACUCGGAGCUCGUCUGCAGCUUCUCUUUGUGGUGCAGAAGGAUUUACGGAGCUCAAGAACAAAAUCUCACAUUUCUCCAGAUUUCCCCAUUUGACUGUUUCUUUUCGUAACGUGGAGAGCGGCCUCUGUCUGCAGAGACGUGCAGUGAGCAGAUGGACUUCGUUGAGCUGGUGGUGAGAUGCUGUUGGUUCGAACUCAACUGAUGUCACUUCACACCAGUUCAUCUUUUAAACGCAUAUUAAUGUUGUUUAUUGUAUAUUGGACACAAAUAAACAAUCAUGCAUCUCA